UUACAAGCACUCCCAACCUCAGAGAAUGUGUUUGCGAAGAAACUCAAACGUUCUCGAAGAUGAAGCGAGGUCGAUGUUCCAGCUUUGAGCGCUAGUGAGAUUAGAUUGUGAGGACUCUGAGGACUGUUUGAAGCGAGCCAGCGUUGCCAGCUUGCCUGCCUUGACCCGGACCUGGACCUGGACCUGGACCUGGUCGUCGCACCCAUGCCAGCCAGCCUUGUCUUUUCUGACGAACCCCAUCUCUGAUCGCAUCCGUAUCCCUUCGUACAGUGCAACCACUCCGUGCCGCGUGCUCCAGACAUCAAACAAGGUCACCCUAAUCCAGGCGUCUCCAUCCCACCACGCCAGAAUCUUCCGCUGACGAACUACAGACCUAAGCCGCGUCAGAUUUGAACGUCCAAAGCCAUUCAAGCCUCCUCCUUUUUUGUCGACUCCGGCCAUCUUCCCAAAUCUGAUCAGUUUUGCGAGGCACCAAGCAAGAUGAGCUUGCAAACAACAGGGGACAUACCCCUCCAGAUCACUUCCGAGAACUCCUCUUCAGAACGUCGGAUCACCCCAUCAUGGACCAUCGGCCAGCUCAAGGCAAAAUUGGAGCCAGUCACCGGCAUCCCACCCCUAUCGCAGAAGCUCAUCUUAAAGCUCGGUGGCCGUCAACCUGUUCCUAUUGAAGCUGUUGACGAAGAGAACACACAGCUAGGAAACUUUCCCCUGGCGCCGUAUGCUGAAAUUCACGUCACGGACACCCGGCCUCCUGGAAUACGCCCAAACUUUACCGAUGCUAGUAAAGUUGCCAAGUAUGAAAUGCCUUCGGAGGAGUAUGAGCGGAAGUCCGAUAGUGUUCUUGCAUGGAAAAAGGCAAACAAGCUUGGUCGUUUCGACCCUUCCGCGCCAUCCUUAGAAGAAGCAAAAUUGCAAGCGAUUGACGCAGAAAUCAAGAAUAGGGGGAUCGAGGUUGGUAAGAGAUGUAGAGUUGGCGAGGAUGAUUCCAAAAGAGGCGAAGUCAUGUAUGUUGGUGAUGUUGAGGAGAUUCCAGGUGGGCUGGGCAAAUGGGUCGGCGUGAAGCUAGAUGAGCCAGUUGGCAAGAAUGAUGGCAGUCUAAAAGGCAAGAGAUACUGGGGCAAGGACGGGGAUCCAAAGUUUGGUGUUUUUGUCAGGCCAGAGAGGGUCGAGGCUGGAGAUUUCCCAGUCAUCGACGAUUUAGAUGACAUGGAUGAAAUCUGAAGCGUUGAUGCUUCAGCAAAUUUCAGCCAUGAGCUCAAGUCAACAUUGAUGAGAGCUAUGUUGACAGGGCGAGCCCCGUUGAGUUUCUCCACCUAGCUGCUCACAGCAGGACUUAGGAAACACAGUGCUCUUUAGCUAUUGCGAGCAACCCAAAAGCAAUCAUUUUUGAUCUACACCGUCGCCUCUAGUUUCAAGUAUUCAAGAAGCCUCUCCACG